AUGCCUCCAGUCAGUCAAUUCCCUUCUGCGCGCGUCUUUCUCAAAUCCCCACCUCCCAAUGCAGCCUCUUCUGCCUUUUCCUCAAGUCCUGCGGUCGCCGCGGCAGCAGCUGCAAGACGCACCUCGUUGACUUCGAGCGCACCCUUGCCUAGACCACUCACAACCACGUCUUCAACCACGUCGCGAUUUCCGUCCCCGAUUGUGAUGCAGCCGUCGAGUGGUACGGAAAAACCCUCAAGAGACACCUCCCGCGCCGCAACCCCCAACGCCCCAAUCUUCAAAAUCUACCCGCCAACCCUGCAGAAAGUAAAAGUCGCCUGGCUCUCCACCGGCAACUCCGUCGGCUUCGAGAUCUUCGAAUUCACCGACCCACCCCACGAACCCAAGCCCGCCUUCGAGUACACCCGCUCAGGCUUCUUCCACAUCGCCGUGACGGCGCCGGACGUCGGUGCGUGCGUGCGGAAGGUCGUCGAGAAUGGCGGGAGUCAGGUGGGCGAGACGGUGGUGGUGGGUGAUGGGACGGAAGCGGCGUAUGCGUGCGAUCCUUGGGGGAAUGUUGUCGAGGUUCUUGGGUGCAGUUUUGAGAGUUUGAUGGCGAAUAGGGUGUGA